CAAAUUCUGUCACAGUAUCACUCUGACCGAGAGGUACAAUAGUACACUGCAGAAGCUUGCGAGCCGAAACGGCGGAUCUAGAUCCGAGACCCACAAUAGCGAUCACGUGUACAAAACUGGCCUGCUGAUCGUGCGAGCCGGACGCCAUCGAUCACCCGCCCCACUGGUACACUGUGUCGGGGAACCGAGCGAGCGAGCGAGCAAUAGAUUGAUAGGCUUUGGGGGCGGGCGGGCGUGCGGACUCAUCAGCAGCACCGGCAAUGAGCUGGUGAACAGACCGAUAAUUUGAGCCCUCCCUUACGGAGGGCCGCGAAUCUUGCAGCCCACCAGUCCAGCGCUGCGCUGCGCUCGAGUCCACGAGCUCGUUCGGAGCCGAGCUGUCGCUCGAGACUCGAGGGUCGGGUUGCAGCCCUCCGAUUACAAUAUGACACCUGAGGCUCCGAGCCGGUGCCUCUCGUCCUGCUCAUGCGUGCGUGAGUGAGUCAGUAAAAUUUUCCUGAUGCCUCCGAGCCCGGCCGGAAUGAGCUGAGGCUCGGCCGGGGCAGAGCGAUGGGAUGGGAUGGGAUCCGGCAUUCGGGAGCAUCCUCUCUGGCUUAUGUCCACAACAUAUGAAGAAAGAGGAAGAGACCGUGGCCCACUGCUGGCCUGCUGGAUCGAUCCGCGCCCGCCUCGUGGGGAAGCUUCCGAGUCUGGUGAUGAGGAUGGUCUGCGGUUUCCGGCCCUAUCGGAGAUGCAUGUUGGAGAGCAGGCACUGUUGGAAUUUGCACUAGAGUACAAGCUUAGCUAGCAUGCUUCACGAGCGCGAUUCUGCUGCAAGGUCCGCGCUGCGAGCUUCCGGUUGGUUGGUGAAAUUUGUCAGUAAUGCUUGUUUAAGGCUUUGAGGGAGUGAUGCGAUGAGUAAUAGGUGCGUCGACGAGUGCAUGCAAAUUCGUGCAGAAUCGAUCGCCCCAGACUUCAAUUGGCCCGAUCGGAAUGUAUUUUAAGUUUGACUCUAGCGUACGAAAUGUCUAGAGAUCGAGAGCGCGAGAAUGACAUCUGGAUGCAUCUGGAGAAGGAAUUGAUCAAGAUCGUGUCGGAUAAUACAGACUCUUUCACUCCCAGGCGCUGACCCUUCAAGGCGAGGGAGGAAAGUGCAAAUCGAUGCUGCGCUGGCCAUUUCAUUGCAAGGAGUGCGAGUCCAACAUUCCAUAGACGACGUUUAGCAGUUUCGAUCGCCACUUCAUCUUCUUCCCAUCGUCUGCCUCCGAGCAUCGGCAGCAUCUGUAGAUCUUUCGAUCUAUAGAUGCUGCAAGAAUCGUUAGCGUGGACGGGCGGACUCCAACCAAAAACCACCUCCCACUGAAAUCUCUGGACCUUUUAGUGUAGGACCAUCGGGAAAUGGCGAUCACUUACGGAUUCUUUGUUUCUAUAGGUCUUCUGUUCAUAGUGGUCAUAGUUUUGUUAGCUUUUUUCUACUCUCGUCACAGAAGAGCCGGCGCAGUUGGCACCACGAACUCGUCGCCGGGAGCCAAAAACGUAGCAAUCGGUAAAGUCACUCCGUGCACAAGACAGACGCGGUCGUUUUCGUUUGAUGAGGUGAGGGCUGCUACGCGGGAAUUCAGCCACAAAAUUGGUGAAGGAAGAUUUGGGCCCGUGUACUUUGGCGAGCUCCCAGAUGGACAGGAGGUAGCUGUCAAAGUGAGAUCUACAAACUAUGCUCAGGGGGGAGAAAGCGAUGGCCACCUUCUCACUGAGGUUCAUGUUCUGGCCAAAGUGCAUCAUCGACAUUUGGUGUCUCUGCUUGGAUACUGUCUUGAUCCAACCAAUCAGGUGUUGGUCUACGAGUUCAUGCGCAAUGGGACUCUCCGGAACCAUCUCCAACGCGGCUGUGUGGGAAAACAACCUCUACUGAAUUGGCGGACCAGAUUGGUCGUUAUCAUGGACGCAGCUCGAGGACUCCAUUCCUUGCACACGGACUGGAACCCGGUCAUCAUUCACCGGGACUUCAACAGUAUCAACGUCAUGCUCGAUGAGAGCAUGAAUGGAAAAGUUGCCGACUUCGGAGUCUCGAAAAUCACUUUGGAUGACGACUCUGGGAUCCCAACUCUUCUCAAGUGCACGGCUGGCUAUCUCGACCCAGAGUACUUCACAACACAAAAGUUGACUCCGAAGAGUGACGUGUACAGCUUCGGAGUAGUACUCUUCGAAAUCAUAUCUGGCCGGCCACCGAUAAGCUACAGCCCGGACGGCAACCAUUGGAGUAGUCUAGUUGAAUGGGCGAAAUCCAGCUUGAAAGACGGAAACGUCCUGUCGAUUGUCGACCCGAGUCUUCAAGGUUUGUACUCGGAGGAGUCGGUGCGCAAGGUGGCGGACUUAGCCAUGUGUUGCGUGGACCUCCACGGACCGAAAAGGCCAGACAUGGAGAAGGUGCUGUUGGCCUUGGCCGACGCUCUAUACGUCGAGGAAAACCAUCAACAGCAUCUGCUGGCAGCCACUGCCUCCCUUCCCGUCAGCAACGUCAGUAGGAACCCCGCCAAACCCCACAGUCAUUCCCAUCAGCUAGUCUUCGGAGUGCCCAUGACUACGGCUCCCAGCACUGUAAGCAGUUUUUCCUUCCCUCGCAGCUGAAGAGCCAGCCAGCCAGGCCCACUCACAGCUGCUGCAGGACUAUGAGUGCUGUUGACAUGAUAGAUUACUUCAUUUGCUGCAACGAUAAAAACUAAAACGUUUGUUUGGUAUUCGAAUUCAUCGAGCUGCCAACUUGAAGGUGUCUUGAAUCCGCUUUAGAUGUAGACAGGAUCCACACGAUACACGAACACUAUCACACGAACUAUUAUAUAUCUUCCAUUGGAGGAAAGCAGAUCAUGUACAACUCAAAUCCCAGAUCCAUUAGUAGAUUAAGUUAUAAUCGGCCGACAAAGGAGGUGGGAUGGUUAAGCCCAACUCCUCGUGAGACUUUACUACAGCAACAGACCGAAUCCUCAUUCCACAUAAGUAGUGGACCGAUAUCUGUUAGAUAGGAUUUUCUACUCUUACAGCCAGCCCGCCACUUGUUAGCGUAGGGGGGGAAAUAUGAGAAAACCGAAAAUAAUUCCACAAGGUAAAGGUAAUUGCAUCUUUGUGAUCUUCAACAGCCUGAGGGUAGUCUGUAUCGUGUGUCCGCAAGAAACUUAUGUGGAGGGAUGGUCUCUUCCAAAACUCAGCAUCAUGGUUGAUACCUCUUUACAGAUUCUUUUAGAUGAUCAAUGUUUAAUGGUGUGAGAGUCCAUGUAAAAGAUUCCAAGUUCCCAAUAUACAAUUUGAGCUUCUUCAUUUGAGAAGAAAUAUACAUCAGUGCCCUGACUCCAUACGUACUUUCCUCUCUUGGACUAUACCUUUUUCUUUCCACCCGUUCUUUAACUUUUACAUAAACGAAAGCACUU